AUGGGUAUUUUGGUGUGGUCAUUGGAUGUUUUGGUGUUGGAUGUUUUGGUGUUGGAUGUUUUGGUGUUGGGUGUUUUGGUGUUGGAUGUUUUGGUGUUGGAUGUUUUGGUAUUGGAGAUGUUGGUAUUGGAGAUGUUGGUGUUGGAUGUUUUGGUGUUGGGUGCUUUGGUGUUGGAUGUUUUGGUGUUGGAUGUUUUGGUGUUGGGUGCUUUGGUGUUGGGUGCUUUUGUAUUGGAGAUGUUGGUAUUGGUUACCAUGGUGCUGGGUUACCAUGAUACUGGGUCACGCUGGUGCUGGGUUAACAUAAUAUUGAGUUACUAUGUCCCAGGAUGUUAUGAUACUGGAUUGUUAUGGUACUGGGUUACUAUAGUCCCGGACUUUGGUAUUGGGUGUUUUGGUAUUGGGUGUUUUGGUAUUGGAUGCUUUGGUGUUGGAUGUUUUGGUAUUGGAGAUGUUGGUAUUGGAGAUGUUGGUAUUGGAGAUGUUGGUAUUGGAGAUGUUGGUAUGGGAGAUGUUGGUAUGGGAGAUGUUGGUAUUGGAGAUGUUGGUAUUGGGUUCAUACGGUACUGCGUUAUUAUGUUUUUGGGAGAUUUUGAUCUUGGGUUAUUGAAGUACUGGGUCAUCAUAGCCCCGGGUUGUUAUGGUACUGGAUUGUUAUGGUACUGGGGUACUAUAAUCCCGAGAUGUUAUGGUACUGAUUUUAUUGGAUGCUUUGGUAUUGGAUAUUUUGAUAUUGGAUGUUUUGGUAUUGGAUACUUUGGUAUGGAAGAUUUUGGUAUUGGAUCGUUUGAUAUUGGAGAUCUUGAUAUUAGAUAUUUUGAUAUUGGAGAUCUUAAUAUUAGAUAUUUUGAUAUUGGAGAUCUUAAUAUUAGAUAUUUUGAACUUGGAUUGUUUGAUUUUGAACUGUUAUGA